CUCUAGCACACAGACCACGGAAACGGGUUCCCGCGAAGCAAGGAUCGCGAGCUCGAAUCUUCCCGCAGUCCCGAAACAUCGACCCAAUGAUGACCAGACAACGCAAGCCAAUGGAAGCAACGCACAUGAUGCUGGAGGCAUGAAGCACGCCCAGAGCGUCAGAUCAAGGAAGGAAAGCAUGGGCGCAUCCACAUCAUCGCUUCAGGCAAACGUCGCUGCAAAGCCCAGUGAGAAGACGCCUUCGACCGAAAUCGUGUCUUCACCUAAAACUGUUGUUCCAAUUCGGCUGGCUCCGCGAACAGCUGAAGAAGCCCAGCGAAGUCUCGACCUCAAUGCACGACGUGAUGACAUAGACAAGAGAAGGGAGCAAGAAUCAGCUCAACACUCAUUGAACUCGCCCAGAAAGAACAAGCCAACAAAUGGUGCAGUUGAGGCUAUUCAGCGUAGCGCGCUAGCUGCGGUGAAUCCCGGUUCAAUAGAAGCACCGUCUCUUGAAGCAGAAAUGAGUAACAGUGCAGACGAUGGACGCCCCUCGAUGGCACGGGUAGAAGAGGUUCUGGUGAGCCACAUUGCCAACCUCCACGACGAUCAUGAGUGUAUGGUGGUUAAGAAAAUUGCGCGAAAUCGGACGAUUUUCGAGCGCGAAGUGCAAUCAAAGUCAGCAAGCUCAUCAUACCCAUUCUGCACCGAGCACCCCACGAUUCCGAAGGGAUCUCUCCAGCAAGAGUCGCCUUUUGCUAGCAUGAAAGGCAUACAGAUCCCUACUGCCAUGACUUCUGGAAACAACGACAAGAUGGUGAACAUUACUCAAGAAUUUUACAACGAGAACCUCAAUCAAAAACCCCGCAGGUCUUACCUUAGCAUACCGGUAACUCCAUUCCAAUCCAGCGCAGUCGACGUUCCACCGUAUACCGACUUUGUUAGUCUCAGGGAUAAUGUGCUUGCCGAGAACAAUAAAAAGCUCCUCUACUGGCCAUAUUUUGCUGAAGAAGAAAAUGAGGAAAAGCUGGGUAAAUCCGGCCUUUGGGACGAGUUAGACCAGCGUUUUGACAUGGUAAACGAGCAUCGUCCUCGAAGACUUCUACAAGUGGAACAAUGCAGACUUCAUCGCCCGUAUGCCCAGGAGUUUCUCGAGGAACUCGGUAUUGACUGGACCGAUAUUCUCUUUUGGCUCCUAGCUCCAGAAGACGACAUUGCGGAGAUCGAACCAGCAUGUAAGACGGCAGCUACAGGAAGUACUUCAGAUUUGUCUUUGUUACUGAAACGAGCGCCUCAUUGCGAGGAAGACUUCGACCGAGCCCACAAGAAGUGGAUAAUGGUCCUGUCGAGUCUCCCUAAACCUUCCGCCUCCCGACUCACGCUAGCUGCGUUUGCCUGCACUGCUUUUCUCAAGCUCUGCAAAUUCAGCAUAUGGCAUAUUGCUCGACAAAGUGAUGCAGCACAGAAAGUACUCUCUGGCCCUCCCCCCAAAUUUCCCACGGACUCAGCAAAAGAACUUACAUACCGUGCUCGUGCAUGCAGAGUAUGCACGCUCCACAAUUGCCCGUAUCAUGGAGAGAUCAGAGAGGAUCCGAAUUCGGAAGUUGACUCAGACAACGACGGGCACAGCUCCCGAGAACGGUCUCAGAAUUCUAUCCUUGAUAACGCAAACAGACGCAAGAAAGACAGAACUGCAGAGUCGUCGUCGGAUUCCGAAUCUGAUGUCAUAAAUUACAAGAAGGUUGUCAGUGUCGCACCCCGCAAGCACAGGGAGGCUACCCCCAUAGCCGACAAUGGAGUUGCUGUUCAGCCUCCUAAGGUCAGCGUCAACUACUGGCUUACUAAGACCGAGACAUAUAUGCUCCACAAACGCCGCCCGUUCUAUCCUUGCAGCCAUGAAGGUAGUUGCGAAGAGGCACGUUGUCGAUGCUUCCGGGAGAGACUUACAUGCGAAAAGACGUGCGCCUGUCCCUCAACCUGCAAGAGACGGUUUCGUGGCUGUAGCUGUGCCAAAGAUUCCAAGAACGGCGUCUGUAACCCUAAUCCCAAAGAGUCCAAAUGCGAUUGUGUACUGCUGAAUCGAGAAUGCGAUGCAGAUCUCUGUGGGACCUGUGGUGCAGGAGAAGUGGUUGAUCCAGCCCUUCGAUACAAAGAAGACGCUGUCGAGGGUAAGUGCGAGAACAUGCGCAUCCAACGCAACUUACCGAAGCGAACUAUUCUCGGGCUUUCCGAAGUCCAAGGAUUUGGGCUUUAUGUUGGUGAAAAGGUGAAGAAAGGUGCAUAUCUUGGCGAAUAUAAGGGCGAGAUCAUCACGCAGGGAGAGGCGGAACGACGUGGUGCCAUUUAUCAGCAUCUGAAGACGAACUACCUCUUCACGCUUAACAAAGAGCAAGAAGUCGACUCAACUCACGCCGGAAACAAAUUCCGAUUCAUCAACAACUCUUGUGAUGACAGAAUCAUCAAUUGCAAACCGUAUAUCAAGUUGUGCAACGGCGUCACCCGCAUCGGCAUGUACGCCGAGCGUGAUCUCAAGGUCGGCGAGGAGCUUUUCUUCAACUACGGCUACCCGAAGGACGUUACCAAAGGAUUUUGGGAAAAGGGCCAGGGCUCUAACGGGAAACCCAAGCAGCUCGUCACGGUCAAGAAGAAGAAGGAGAAAACAAGCACUCUGAAGAAGUUCACGAAAGAGUCGUCGUCGAAGAUGCUGCCCCCCAGACUCAUUGCUGAGGGAAGUAACAGCUGGAGUCCUUCUAAGCCUCAUCGGUCUUCCUCAAAGUCUCGUCGUUCUUCUUCGAAGGCCCGUCCGACCACCGCCAAAACCCCAAAAUCACAAGAGGAGCGUCGAGCGCAGACUGCACGUGCGAGAGAAGCCCUUAGGCUGAAGAAUCUAGCCCAAGGUCGCACCACUUCUCCUGGUCGUUCACACAAGCGUCAAAAGCUCAGCACCACCUUUUCUAGUAGGAAGGACACAGAAGAAGGGCUUCCUCCGCAGAUCGCAGGCAGAGAAGUCAGAAGACCUGUAACGGGGCCAGAAUUUGAAGGGGUUUCCGAGAUCCCAAAUACCAGUGACAUCGAAGAAGGAUCCGAAGAGAAUGAAGACAAGGAUGACGAUGACGAUGACGAUGGAGACGAUUUCGAAGCCGACGCGGUCGCCGGUCAUGAAGAGAGCAGUAGCGCCGCGAGCGAGUUUGAAGCUGACUCGGAUGACGAUACGAGGGGCCGGCCGCGUGACUCAAGGCUGCGACCUAGACGCACUGAGAGCGAAAACAGAACACGUAAUAUGAGGAAGUCGUUGAGGAAGAGACGAACUGAGAGCCCGAACGUGAGGACGCGCAAUAUCAGCAGGAACCAGAGGAAGAGGAGACAAGACGAUAGCCCAGUUGCGGAGAACCGGAAGAGGAAGAGGGGCAACUAGGCUAUAUGGCUUCUCUGCAAGAGAACCUUUGUACGAUGGCCGAUACUCUCGAUUCUUCUUCAUUUACUCUCCGGGCACCGACUAUUCCCGAAUAUGUGCUUGCCACGACCUGGCUGAAGCGCGCUAGACCAGCUCUCUUCCUCGAUAUGCAUUAUCAACUCUACAUUAUUUC